AAGGAAACUUGCUAAAUUAAUUUUUACUCGCAUUGCUAAAUGUCUGUAGCUGUAGUUGAAAUUUCGGGUGCGUUCAAAGACCUGAUAAGGGGUGUAUUUUAGGACCCAGCAGACACCUAGCAUAAUACGCGGAGAUAGGUAACGUUAACGUCAGAGGACUGAUCAGAGGUCAGUUUGGGAAUCCGUCUGCCUCAGUUAAUGGCUUCACUAAGUGCUGCGGAAGCUGAUCCCCAUUCCUCUGACCUAAAAACACUUCGCUACGUACUUUUACAGCGACGAGUGGCCGCUAGCAAGCAAGUAGUUGACCAAUACGUCGUUUUGUUAUGAAGCUAAAGUUUUGCUCUGUGAUUAUAAGCUCUUCCAAGCUAUCAAAAUGGCAGCUGAUAAAUGUUUGGGUUAGCUUUCUAUGGAGCCCCGACCGACAUUCCUCGGAGUCUGCCUCUCCAUUCAGCCCCAGUGGAUAGGGGACAGGCUAUAAACUGGAGCAGCUAUGCAAGCCAACACGACGCGAGGCUUCCUUUGGUCGGACAUAGAGACCAGGACCCUCCUCAACAUCUGGGGGGAACAAGACAUCCAGACGGCGCUGGAUGGAAACUUCCGAAACAGCUUCGUCUACCGAGACGUUUCCCGCAGGCUGGGGGCCAUGGGCUUCGAGAGGACCCCAGAGCAAUGCAGGGUCCGGAUUAAAAGCCUCAAGAGGCAGUACCUGCUAGCAAAGGAGGGGAACCUGCGGAAUAACGGACAGUACCACAAGAUCUGCAAGUUUUAUGACAUCAUGGAGGGGAUUUUGAGCAACCGAGCGGCUCUGGACCCGCAGGAGUUGAUGGACAGCGGGGCGGGAGAUGGUCUGGAGGAGGAUGGAGAAGAUGCUCAGGACGGAUACUCUGAGGGCGCAGGGGAGGCUCCUUAUCCUGCUGAGACUGAAGUCAAGCUGGAAUACCCAGCUGCCCCCAUCCCGAUCCCUGUUAAAGUCACAGUAGGCAACACCAGCAUUUCUGCAAAACCAACUAACAGUAGCCAAGUAGCUGGUAAUUUUCCACCCAGAGCCCCUAAACGACCCAGGAAGAGGCGCUCCAACUUCCCCAUGGAGAAACUAAUGGAGCAGUUCCUGGAGCAGAGCGCCCAGGCUGAGGAAAACUUCUACCGCAUGGAGGAGCAGCGCCUGCAGGCGGAGGAUCGGCGCAGAGAAGCGGAGCACGCCAGAGAGCUGCACAUGCUCCAGAUACUGGCUCAGAUGUUCUCCAGCAGAAGCAGCUCCUCCUCGUCAUCUGCUCCCCCCAAACCGACCCCUCCUACCCGACCUCCGGUUAUCUCCAGCACCCCCCCGUCACAUCAUACCCGGGGCUCCACUGGGCAUCUCAAACACCCUGCAUCCCUGACAGACUAUUUCAGCCAACCCGUGAGCUCAGAUCCUCAAACUUUAGGUAUCAGAUCGGGCAGCGUGUGUGAGGAGAGAACAAAAGGCAGCGCAGUUUUUGAGCAUUACCACGGUGUGGGCUCCUCAUCACACAGAGGAAUGGACGAUGACAUCAUCUCACUAGUAAAGAGUAUUGUUCCUCCACUGACGUCAAAAAAGCACAAAGGACAAGAUGGCCGUAUUGGGAUCAUUGGGGGAUGCAAAGAUUACACAGGAGCUCCAUAUUUCGCCGCUAUUUCUGCACUCAAAGUGGGGGGUGACUUGUCACAUGUGUUCUGCACCAAAGAAGCUGCGACUGUGAUAAAAUCCUACAGCCCUGAGCUCAUAGUGCACCCUGUCCUGGACAGUCCAAAUGCUGUGGAAGAAAUAGAAAUGUGGCUCCCGAGACUCCAUGGCCUUGUAGUCGGACCAGGUCUGGGCAGAGAAGAUGGCUUACUGAAAACAGCCAAGGAAGUGAUUGAAAGGUCUAAGGCAAGGGAUAUUCCUAUUGUCAUUGAUGCAGACGGAUUAUGGCUCAUCACACAACAACCGUCUAUCAUCCAAGGUUAUCAGAAGGGCAUCCUGACCCCUAACUUCAUGGAGUUCACCAGACUGUUCGAGGCUUUUCACCAUGAGCCCUUGAAUAGCAGCGACCACAGGCGCAGUGUCAUGCAGCUCAGUGGAGCUUUGGGCAACCUCACCUUGGUGCUAAAAGGGGAACAGGACCUUAUCUCAGACGGCAGUAAAGUGUACUCCUGCAGUGUGGAGGGCAGUGGGAGAAGGUGUGGUGGACAGGGGGAUCUUCUGUCUGGCUCUAUGGGAGUCCUGGCACAUUGGGCUCACACUACCUCAACAGCAGGCCUGAUCAGAGGUAUGAACCCUUCAGUGGUUGCAGCGUUCGGUGCCUGUUCCCUCACCAGACAGUGCAACAAUCAGGCGUUCCAGCGGCACGGCAGAUCCACCACCACCUCAGACAUGAUCCAGGAGAUCGGUCCGGCCUUCAAGAAACUGUUUGAAAGCUGAAGCAGUCAAACGUUCAAUAAUGAUCUGUACACUUAGUCUGUAAAAUGUGCUUUCUUCAGGUAGACUUCAAGUUUGGUAGUCACAUGCAGUACACGCACAUGUUGUUUUAAAUGUUUUAAAUAAACCAGAAAUAAAAUCCAACACGUACCCGAUGUCUAUCA